GGCCACGUCCUCUUCCAGCCGGCGGCCGCCCGCCCGCUUCCGUCAGCCUCACUGCGGCUUCCUUCCGUCUCGCUCGGAGUUUCCCUCUGCGUUCGCUCCGCGCUACUGGAGGCUGUCGUCCCAAUGCUCCCCAAACGGCGGCGAGCGCGGGUCGGGUCCCCUAGCGGCGAUGCCGCUUCCUCCACGCCGCCCUCGACUUGCUUCCCGGGAGUCGCCAUCUACCUGGUCGAGCCUCGCAUGGGUCGCAGCCGCCGGGCCUUCCUCACACGCCUGGCGCGCUCCAAAGGCUUCCGCGUCCUUGACGCCUGCAGCUCCGAAGCGACACAUGUUGUGAUGGAAGAGACCUCAGCAGAGGAGGCCGUCAGCUGGCAGGAGCGCAGGAUGGCAGCUGCUCCCCCGGGUUGCACCCCCCCAGCUCUGCUGGACAUAAGCUGGUUAACAGAGAGCCUGGGAGCUGGGCAGCCUGUACCUGUGGAGUGCCGGCACCGCCUGGAGGUGGCUGGGCCAAGGAAGGGGCCUCUGAGCCCAGCAUGGAUGCCUGCCUAUGCCUGCCAGCGCCCCACGCCCCUCACGCACCACAACACUGGCCUCUCGGGCCCCUCCCUGCAGGAGGCUCUGGAGACACUGGCCGAGGCAGCAGGCUUUGAAGGCAGUGAGGGCCGCCUCCUCACCUUCUGCAGAGCAGCCUCGGUGCUGAAGGCCCUUCCCAGCCCUGUCACAACCCUGAGCCAGCUGCAGGGGCUUCCCCACUUUGGAGAACACUCCUCUAGGGUUGUCCAGGAGCUGCUGGAGCAUGGAGUGUGUGAGGAGGUGGAGAGAGUUCGGCGCUCAGAGAGGUACCAGACCAUGAAGCUCUUCACCCAGAUCUUCGGGGUUGGUGUGAAGACUGCUGACCGGUGGUACCGGGAAGGACUGCGAACCUUAGAUGACCUCCGAGAGCAGCCCCAGAAACUAACCCAACAGCAGAAAGCGGGGCUCCAGCACCACCAGGACCUGAGCACCCCAGUCCUGCGGUCCGAUGUAGAUGCCCUGCAGCAGGUGGUGGAGGAAGCUGUGGGGCAGGCCCUGCCUGGGGCCACCGUCACGCUGACCGGCGGCUUCCGCAGGGGGAAGUUGCAGGGCCAUGACGUGGACUUCCUCAUCACCCACCCCAAGGAGGGUCAGGAGGCGGGGCUGCUGCCUAGAGUGAUGCGCCGCCUGCAGGACCAGGUGAGGGCCUCCCUGCUCCCCAAGAGCCACCGCUGGCCAAUGCCACCGCCUCCUGCUCUCUCCACACCACCGGGUGGUCUCAGCCACGCCCGCCUCUCCCCACAGGGCUUCAUCCUGUACCACCAGCACCAGCACAGCUGUUGGGAGUCCCCUACCCGCCUGGCCCAACAGAGCCACAUGGACGCUUUUGAGAGAAGUUUCUGCAUUUUCCGCCUACCACAACCUCCAGGGGCUGCUGUGGGGGGAUCCACGAGGCCCUGCCCAUCCUGGAAGGCCAUGAGAGUGGACUUGGUAGUUGCACCCGUCAGCCAGUUCCCUUUCGCCCUGCUCGGUUGGACUGGCUCCAAGCUUUUCCAGCGGGAGCUGCGCCGCUUCAGCCGGAAGGAGAAGGGCCUGUGGCUGAACAGCCAUGGGCUGUUUGACCCGGAGCAGGGAAGCAGCAGUGGCAAGACUCCUAGGUCACGGAAGUCCUGCUUCUGUUGCAGAAGACAUUUUUCCAAGCGGCUUCAGAGGAAGACAUCUUCAGACACCUGGGCCUCGAGUACCUUCCUCCAGAGCAGAGAAACGCCUGAGCCUGCCUGUGUCCCCCACUUCCACUCAGGAAAUUGGGCUGCCCCCAACCUGGCCACUGAAUGUCUCCAGGCAGAUAUGCUGCCCCCCGACCCCCACCUUCACCCCUCCCCACCAAGGCCUGGCUCUUCCGGAGGUCAAUUGUGCCUGAAGGAUCAGUUGAGCCCCUGCUGGUGUGCUGCAGGGUGUGAUGAGGUGGGAGCCCUCAGUGCCAGCCUCAUCACUGUGUGACCCUGGGUCUGCUCUUAGCCUCCCCAUGGCUCACGUUCCUGCCCUGGAUGGGAUGUGAGUGGGGCCCACAUCGUGGAGCUGUGGUGGGGCCUGCAGUCAUGAAUGGCAAGUGGUCCCUGAUGUGCAGUGUCCCAUUAGUUGCACUGCAGUUAACUGUGGCUCCUGCAGGGCACCCUGCCCAGAAUGCCCAGAAGAGAACCAUGCAUACCUGCACUGCAUUUGAGAGCCAUGAGCUGGAGGCUGUGGUUCGUGCCAGCAAGGAGCCUACUGUCUGGUGUGCUGUAGGCAUCUGGAGAGGGAGAGGGCCUGGGUAGGAGCUGGGAGGAAGAUAAUUUUCAACUAUGGGGCUUAAGUACUGCAGCGCCCUGAGCCAGGCUCUGUGCUUCUGCCUUUAAGGCCUGUUCUCAGCACAAUGUCUCAAAAAUAGGUCAUAUCCUGCCACUCCCGUCGCAGAGCCCUUUAAUGGUUCCAAACCCUAAGUCCACACAUAGCCCCUGGCUCUGGCAUCUCUCCAGCCCCACUGGCCCCGAGCUGCUUGACUCACCGGCUUCCUAUUUGAUGCACCCAGGCCCCCUUGUGGCCAACUCCCUCCCCUUCUCACUGAGGCAGAAGCACUGAGGUGGGCUGGACAUGGGUGCCCUCCACGUCCCUCAUAUCCCCAGGCACACUCUGGCCUCAGGUUUUGCCCUGCCCGUGUCAUCCACCUGGAGUGGGCCCUCCCCUUCUUCAGGCCUUGAAUCAAAAGCCACUUUGUUAGGUGAGGAUUUCCCAGACCACUCAUCACAUUAAAAAAUAUUUUGAAAACAUGCAGUAAA